AUGGGGGCGCGGGGAGGUGGCGGCAGGAAGAUGGCAGCGGCCGGAGGCACUGCGGGGCGUCCGGCGGCCGUCGUUCCCGCGCGGCUCCCCUGCUCGGCGUGGCUGCUGGCCGCCGCCGCCGCUGCACUGACCGCCGUCAAAGUAUCAGCAGUAGAGGUCAACACACCGGAGGAGAUAUUUGUGGAGAAUGGGACAGACGCAAAGCUUCCAUGCACAUUUACAUCUGUGGAAGUGAUCAGCAGCGCAGCAUCUGUUUCUUGGAGUUUUCAACCAGAGGGAGCUGCAACUCGUAUCUCAUUUUUCUAUUACUUUAAUGGAAAGCCAUACCCUGGAAAGGACAUACCAUUUAAAGACAGGAUCACUUGGGCUGGAGAUCUUAACAAGAAAGAUGCUUCUAUCAGUAUAUCAAACAUGCAGUUCCGGGACAACGGCACUUACAUUUGUGAUGUCAAGAACCCGCCUGACAUUGUUGUCAAACCAGGAGAAAUCCGAGUCAGAGUUGUGGAGAAAGACAGCCUGCCUGCGUUCCCCAUUGCCAUGGUGGCAGGGAUAGUCAUCGGUACGGUUACAGGUCUCUCACCGCUCAUCUCUAUUGUCGUGUGUCUUGUCAUCAGAAAGAACAACUCUAAAAAACGAUACUCUGGCUGCAGUACAUCUGAGAGCUUGAUGUCACCGGUUAAGCAGGCUCCGCAGAAGUCACCCUCCGACACAGAGGGUCUGGUAAACAGCGUGCCCACCAGAUCACACCAGGGCCCAGUCAUUUAUGCGCAGUUAGAUCACUCCGGAGGACAGCACAGCGACAAGAUUAACAAGUCAGAGUCUGUGGUCUAUGCUGAUAUUCGGAAGAACUGAGAUGAGAUCCUAAGCUAUCCAAAGGAAAACACACAUUCAGACUGGAAUUGCUUGAGCAAGAUUUGACCCAGAGAACUCACAUGUGGCCUUUGAUGCCUAGGCUAGGACCAAUGCAUGUGCAUACAGAGGGAAAGAUAUAUAUGUAUUGUGUGUAAAUAGUCUAUUUAAUCGUACAGAAGUGAGACCAAUGUUGCAUGUUGAAAUGCGGUAAGAAUUUUGCUUAUAAAUGGCCAAUAUUCUUUUUUGUAUUUUGUGUGACGUGAGAGAAAGUGAAAACUCGCAUCACAAUUUUAAAAUAUUUUUAUCUUGAUUAUUAAUGGAGAAACUGGAAGAUGCCUGAAGAUUCUAGGUUGUCCUGGAGAUUCUUUUUUUGCUUAUAGGGCCUAAUUUCUUUUCUUGAGGUAAAGAAGGUAUCUUCUUUAUAUUCACAGAGUUCUUUAUGUAUACAGGGUAUUCAUCUUUCCUUGGUCAGAUUCUCAGUACAAGCUGCCUUCUCAUAUAAACUAGACACUCUCACUUGGUCUUGUAAGCCAAAUUGUGACUCCUAGGUAUCAGAAAUGUAUGUCUUAGCAGUGUAAGUGAAGGAAAUGUUUAGGCCUACCUGACCUGUGUAACACAGGUCACAGAACUGUUUACUUCUGUAUUGAGCCCAUCUAUUCAAGCUUAGUCCUUUAAGGUACAGGGGUAGUGUUGAUCUAAUGAAUUUUGUGAAAUGGUAGUUCACCUGUGAAAACUUAAGAGCUAGUGAGUUAAAGGGGUAGGAAGCUAUAGCUGUAGGUGGUUGCCUCAGACUCUGUUGAACCGCUCAAUGAAAUGUUUCUUCCUUGAAGCUCUGUCAUUUCAUAUAAGCAUGAAAAAGGGCUCCAAGGGACCUGGAAGCUGUAGUACUCCCUCACCUCUCUCCCAUGGCCUCAUUAUACCACUGUCACUUCCUUAGAGAUGUUUUAACAGCCUGUAGUGGAGGCUGAAGGACCUCUGGAGGAAAUCUAGGGCUUCACUCUGUUUUUUUUGAUGUGUGUUUUUUUGUGUAACCUGUAUUUGCACAGAGGAUGUGGAGGGCAGUUUAUUUCCUUCCUCUCUGCAAGUCUACUACUUGAAUAUAAUUUCCCAGCUUCUUGUUUCUAGAUUUAACUCCUCAUAGAUUGUUAAGGAUCUCUGAUUGUUCUCUUCUGCUGAAGAGGAUCUUUCUUUAGCUGACCCAUUUGUAUCCUGAAAUCUGGUGCUCAAAACUAGAAGUGGCAUUCCAGCUGAGGUCUUCUUAGAGUAGCAUAUAGUAGAUCCUGGUUUUUACAUCCUAAUGUGGUGCUGGCUUUCUUGUAGCAGCAAGUAAUUUUCAGUUUGUUCUACCAUAACCCCUUCUCUCUGAUUCUUGCCCAUUUCCUAGUUCAGUCUGUUUCCCAGAAUCAGUCACAGAAUGGUUGAGGUUGGAAGGGACAUCUGGAGAUCAUCUAGUCCACUCCCCACCCCCCCAAGCAGGGUCAGCUGGAGCAGGUUGCCCAGCACUGUGCCCAGUUGGGUUUUGAGUAUCUCCACAGAUGGAAACUCCGCAACUUCUCUGGGCAACCUGUUCACUCUAAAUGAUCAAACAGUUAAAAAAGUGCUUCCUUGCGUUCAGGUGGAAUUUCCUUUUUUUUUAGAUUUCUGUCCAUUCCCUCUUGUCCUGCCAGUGAGCACUAUUGAGAAGAACAGUGCUCUUCAUUCCCUCCAGUUGAGUAUUUAUACACAUUGUUAAGAUCCCCCCCCAAGCCUUCUCUUCUUCAGGCUGAACAGUCCCAGCUCUGUCAGCCUUUCCUCAUACGAAGGAUGCCCCAAUUCCUUUAGCAUCUUUGUGGCCCUGCACGGGACUUGCUCCAGUAAGUCCGUAUCUCUCUUGUACUGGAGACCCCAGAACUGGACACAGUACUCCAGGUGUGGCCUCAUCAGUGAUGAAUAAAGGGGAAGGAUCACCUCCCUUGACCUGCUGGCAAUACUUUGCCUAAUGCAGCCCAGGAUACCAUUUGCCUUCUUUGCAGCAGGGGCACACUGCUGGCUGAUGUUCAAUCUGGUGUCCACCAGGACCCCCACAGGGCCUUUUCUGCCAAGUUGCUUUCCAGCCAGGGGGCCCCCAGCAUGUACUGGUGCAUGGGGUUGUUCCUCCCCAGGAGCAGGACUUUGCACUUCUCCGUCUUGAACUUCAUGAAAUUCCUCUUAGCCCAGUUCUCCAGCCUGUCCAGGACCCUCUGAAGGACAGCACAACCACCUGGUGUGCUAGCGAUUCCUCUUGGUUUUGUAUUGUCUGCAAAUUUGUUUCUACUGAAAUUAUGUUAUGGCUUUUUCAGACCUCAUCUUCAAUUUGUCGGUUGAAAACUUGGUUUGAAUUCUCAUCCUGUCCUCCAGUGAGCUUGCAACACUCUUAGCUUGGUAUUUGCAAACUUAAGCCUACAUUCCACUGGGACAUCAAGUAAAUGAAAAACAGUUUUAGGUCCAUGGCAGACUCUUUCAGAACCACAUUAGAUAAUCCUUUAAUUAUGACAGUGCAACUUUAAUAACUAUUUUGUGUACAGUGGUUUUUUUCCCAACAAAGUUGGGUAUACCGACACUAUAUUCUUUCAUCAGGAUCAGACUUCACUGGUUUCCUGACAAGACCUGCCUUUCUUAGAAGCCUCAUUAAGAUCAGGAUGAAUCCUGCUGCUGCUGCUUUCCUUAUCUACCAGGCUGUUACUUCCCAACAUGUGUUUUACACUUAGGAAGAAAUUAAUGCUUUUGACAUGGUUGAUAGAGAAACUUGAUUUUGAUCUGCUUGUGUUCAUCUCUGUGCAUCAUCAUCUUUCUCCCCAGACAUUUUAGAGUAAGAGGGAGAAAUGUGAUGAAUGUAGCAAUCAAAAACUUGCUGCUAUGAGAAGAUAGGGCUGUCCUUGGCUCUGAAGUCUGCUACUAAUGUUUGUUUCUUUUCCUGAUGGAAUAUACUGGAGAAUCUGAGCACAAUCCUGAUCUAGGGCUGGCUUUAAGAAACAUGCUGAUCUGGUGCUAACUUUAAGAAACACGCUGAUCUGGUUGGUGCUGACUUUAGGAAACACACAGAUAUGGUGCUAACUUUAGGAGACGCGCUGAUCUGGCUGGUGCUAACUAACUUGAGGAAGCAUCUCCUUCCAUUGCUUUUUUUUUAGCUACAGUUAUGUUCAUAUUGCCUAUACUGAGGAGGCUCACUGCAAGGCUGCUUGGAUCCUCUUUGUGAAGGCAGAAUGAACUUGGAAGUAUUUUUUAAAAACGCUGAACAUCUUUUUAGAAAGAAACAAAAGUCCCUUCCCCCAGGAAUAGCAGAAAUCAGUCUGAAUCCCUCUCCAGUACAAAGGCUGUUGCAUUAUCUUUUCUUUUUUUUUUUUGUCAUGGAAACGUGAACAGUGUAGCUAUUAAAUAACUUAUUCAGGUUGAAGUCAAAAGAACUUGAGGCAGUGGGAGACAAACACUUGUGAACUUUCUGUCCCUCAGGUUAUCUUAGCUUGUUUAAUCAUACGAUAACCUGAGCUGAUGAAAGGGACUGAUGCUAAGUUGGCUUACUUAGUAAAAUCUCAGGAGAUAGAGGACUUCUACUUCCUUGAUGGGUAGCAAGUAGAGAUUAAAGUCAGACAAAG